AUGGCGCGGGGGCCCGGCAGGCCCCGGCCAUCCCUGCCGCUGGGCGCGGCGGCGGCCGCAGCAGCCGCCCUGGCCGCCGCACCGGGGUGGCGGCUCCCUCUCGCAGGGCCGGGCGCACCUGCUGCAGGCUGCGCCUGCGGCGGUGCCCCCGGACGCGCCUUGGCCUCAGGGCGUCCGCCCCUGCCUCGCCGCGCGCCCGGGCGCCCAGCGGGGCCAGCGGCGCGCCGGUGCGCCGCGCCCGCGGAGGGCGGCGGCCCAGCGGCGGCCAGCGGCUGGUCCGUCCGGGAGCUGCGGCGCUUCCUGGGGAGCCACGGGGUGCGGCACGACGACUGCUUCGAGAAGGCCGAGCUCGUCGCGCGAGCGGAGGAGGUGCAGCGGAGCGGCGCCCGGCAGCCCCAGCCGACGCCGGCGCCCGCGCCGGCGCCCGCGGCCGACUUCAGCGGCUUCGGGGAGCUCGUGACCGUGCCGAGCGCUGCGGAGGAGGGCUGCUCCCUCGUCUUCUUCCACGGCUUCGGGGACUCCGCGCGCGGGUUCGUGGGCCAGCUGCCCUCGCUGCUGGGGGUGCCCUCCGCGCGGUACGUGCUGCCCACGGCCAGGCUGCAGGGGGGCAUGCGCUCGUGGUUCGCCAGCAUGGGGCCCGGCGGCGCGGAGGAGAGCGUCCGCUACGCGCACCACCUCCUCCGCCAGGAGCUCCAGCGCGGCGUCCCCGCAGACCGGCUCUUCGUCGGCGGCUUCUCGCAGGGUGGCAGCGUGGCCGUGCGGGCCGCCCUGAGCUUCCCGGACGCCGCGCUAGGCGGCUGCGUGGCGGCCUCCACCUUCCUCGGCCUUCCUGGGCGAGGGCCCCCCGCGGGUCGCGGAGGCCAACCGGCGGCUCCCGGUGCUGUGCUGCCACGGGCUGGCGGACGCGGCCGUGCCAGCGCGCUCGGGUGA